GAGUGGGUAUUUUUGACUCGGGGAACAGCCGGCAUAGGCCGUCUGAAUAUGAUAAUCUUUUAAAGUACAGCAAAAUAAGAUUGAUUGUAUUGGUAUGAAUACGCGUUGGGAAUUCAAAAGGCGAGCCCAAUGUUGUUUCUUGGUAACUAAGCCUCUCUCUAUCAUUCCCCAUAACUUGAUUGUGUUCUGUCUGGGUAUUUCCAAGAUGUAUUGAUCGAUCGAUCGACAGUCGUGUUGUUUCCUCUGAUUGACUGUGAAAGAUUCGUCUGAUUGGUGAAAAGGGUUUCCGGAUUUUGUUUGGCAAAUAAAUAAAAAGAAGUCGCUGUUGUUGUUCCAUUUUUUUCCCUUUCAAGUUUCAAGUUUGAUUUAUUCUAUGGUUUUUCGUGUUGGGUCAGUUCGGAUUCUGGAGGAUGGAACUUUAAAAAGGAGAAAAAAAAAAAACGCUCGAGUUCUUUUUGGGACUUCAACCCUUUCGUGGUUCGAAAUUGCGUGUUUGAAAGUCUGGUUUGACAUUCGAUUUUUAGGGUCUUCUCUGAAUUGGGUAUAUGGAGAGCUUUGAAAAUAUUCUAAAUUCUGAUUUCAUUUGAUCAAAUUUUCAUUCGUUAUUUAUGGGCUUAGCGAGGAAGGAGGUUUGUGGAAUAUCAGGAGUUGGCUUUAGGAGGAGAUUGUAAUAUUUCUGAAGAAAGUUAAAGUUUGGUAAUUAGUUUCUGGGCUCUGCAAAAAUGGGUUGCCAAUGUUCCAAGCCUUCGGUUGAUGAAGAUGCCCGGGGCAGACCCACUGAGAAGUUGUCUUCACAAAAGGCUUCACGAGUAAAUUUAUCAAGAAAAGAGGAGGAUGUGCGAUUGAAUUCUCUGAAAAGAGAGGAAGUUGUUCGAAUAAAUUCCUCACAGAGAGCAGAUAGUAUUCGAUCAAAGGUGAAAACGGAUGGAGGUGACAUGAAAGUUGCUUUUUUGGACAAGAAAGUCAACGGCUCAAAUAGGGUACACGACGAUCAAAUUGAAAAAAAGAAGAGGGAGAGGCUGGAAGCAGCCAUUUCUGCUAAUUAUCCUGGAAAAGGAAGCAUCCCAAAAGCUGUGGUAGCAGAGCAAGUUGCAGCUGGUUGGCCAAGCUGGCUCUCCUCUGUCGCAGGUGAAGCGCUGGAGGGAUGGCUGCCACGAAAAGCCGAAACUUUCGAGAAAUUAGACAAGAUAGGACAGGGGACGUAUAGUAGUGUUUACAAGGCUCGCGAUAUCGUUCAUGGUAAACUAGUCGCUCUAAAACGAGUUCGAUUCGAUAAUCUCGAUGUGGAGAGCGUCAAGUUUAUGGCCCGGGAAAUCCUUAUCCUUCGUAGGCUUGAUCAUCCAAAUGUAAUAAAAUUGGAAGGCUUGAUUACGUCGCCACGGUCAUGUAGCUUAUACCUUGUUUUUGAGUAUAUGGAGCAUGAUCUUACUGGUCUUGCAUCUCGUCCCGGCGUCAAGUUCAGCGAACCACAGGUUAAAUGCUAUAUGCAACAACUUCUAAGGGGACUCGAUUACUGUCACAGUCAUGGUGUCCUCCACCGUGAUAUUAAGGGUUCAAAUCUCUUAAUCGAUGACAAUGGUGCCUUGAAGAUUGCAGAUUUUGGAUUAGCUAGUCCUUUUGACCCCCAUAAUCGUGUUGCCUUAACAAGCCGUGUAGUGACUCUAUGGUACCGACCGCCCGAACUUCUGCUUGGAGCUUCCCAUUAUGGGGUUGCCGUGGACCUUUGGAGUACUGGUUGCGUACUGGCUGAACUAUAUGCUGGGAAGCCUAUCUUACCUGGAAAAACUGAGGUCGAACAAUUGCAUAAGAUAUUUAAACUUUGUGGGUCGCCACCUGAGGAUUACUGGAGGAGAUUGCAGUUACCUCAUUCAACUGCGUUCAAGACGGCUCAGCCAUACCGACGUUGUAUCGGAGAAAUGCUCAAGGAUUUCCCAUCUGCUGCGGUGGCUCUUGUGGAUAAAUUGCUUUCUGUAGAUCCUGCUCACAGAGGAACUGCAGCCGCUGCUCUAAAGAGUGAGUUUUUUACGACUAAACCUCUCGCUUGCGAGCCUUCGGGUAUGCCCAAAUAUCCUCCCAGCAAAGAGAUCGAUGCAAAAUUCCACGGCUGCAGAAGGCAGUCAAGAGCUGAGGGCAAAGACCCUAAAGACUACAUGGAAGGAAGGCGACCUAAAGAAGCUCACCUUAACCUUGCUCUGAAUGCUAAGGAUGAAGCAAGCAUGUUGAUGCAGAAAAGGAAAGGCCAUUCAAGUUUGAAGGGUCGAAGCAAAGCGUUGAAUUCUCAUGGGGACGAGACAGUUUCUGGUUUUCUGAUUGCCCCACCCAAACAAAACCAAUCUGUGACAGAAAUUGGCAAAGAUACAUGCAGGUUUUCACAUUCAGGACCGCUUAUUAGCAAACCAGAUUGGAUGAAAUCUGGGAAGCAUUUCGAUGACCAUUCAAUGGCACUUGAUGGAUCUAAUCUCUCGGUCUUAUCCCGUUUAGUAGCAACAAGGUCUACUAUCACAUCUGAUCUUCCCUACGAUAGACCUGGUCCGUCGCGAUCAGAAGUAGGCAGAUUGCCUGACUUUGUUAGGGAGUCGGAGCCAACGAGAAAGCAGGACUGUAUAUUUUAUACACACCGAGUGGCAGAUUCAUACCAAAUAGAGUAUGAAAAGUCUUGUGCUAAAGAACAGACUCUGUUUGCUCAUGGGACAGACAUGAACAAGCUUUACACUUCCGGUCCAAUCCUUGGUCCAUCAAACAACUUAGACAAGCUGCUGAAAGAGCGAGACCGUCAGAUUCAAGAAUACGCUCGACAAUCACGACACGGGAAAGUUGCUAACAGUCAGUUGAAGAGCGCAAGAGCAACAACCGGAAAACAUUCGAUGUCGAUUCAUGGAAUGUGAUGUGGAUAACCGAGAUCGCUUGCACCCGCAACAGAAGAGACAGUUGGAGAGACCAAAGGUCUGAGAUUGGCUUGAGUUGUGUAAUCAAAAAGGGAUUUGGUUGUGUAGAAUUUUGGUUAAAUGGUUGUAUAAAAGGUGGUUGUGAAGCACUGCACUACUAGAAUUUUUGAGUGCACCCGAUACUGCCGUGGUGUUUGGCAUUUGUUAUCAGAUUCAGAUAAUGUGUAUAGAAUUAGCAACCAUAGAUUUGUUAGAUUCUUUUUCUAUAGUUUGAAAAUUAAUCUUUUUGUGACAAAAGUAGAAUUAAAACGAAGAGAUCUGAAUCUUUAAUGAAAAUCUAUUCUAUUUCACUGUA